UUCACACAGUGAUCCUUCAUCCAAGCUAGUGAUGGUAAUUGCAAAUACCUUAUAAAGCUGUAAGGAAAACUCAGGUUUUUAGGGUGUGCAUUCGUUGACUUUUUUCCCUCCCAUCAACCUCUUUCAGAAUGAGGAAAUUGAAGCAAUGGCAGCUAUAUAUGGCGAGGAAUGGUGUGUCAUUGAUGACUGUGCCAAAAUAUUUUGUAUUAGAAUUAGUGACGAUAUAGAUGACCCAAAGUGGACACUUUGCUUGCAGGUGAUGCUACCGAAUGAAUAUCCAGGUACAGCUCCACCCAUUUAUCAGCUGAAUGCUCCUUGGCUUAAAGGACAAGAACGUGCGGAUUUAUCAAAUAGCCUUGAGGAAAUAUAUAUACAGAAUAUUGGUGAAAGUAUUCUUUAUCUGUGGGUGGAGAAAAUAAGAGAUGUUCUAAUACAAAAAUCUCAGAUGACAGAACCAGGCCCAGAUGUAAAGAAGAAAACUGAAGAGGAAGAUGUUGAAUGUGAAGAUGAUCUCAUUUUAGCAUGUCAACCAGAAAAUCCAGUCAAAGCAUUGGAUUUUGAUAUCAGUGAAAGUCAGACAGACCGAAGAAGUACUUUUCAGGCACACUUGGCUCCAGUAGUUUGUCCCAAACAGGUGAAAAUGGUUCUUGCCAAAUUGUAUGAGAAUAAGAAAAUAGCUAGUGCCACCCACAACAUCUAUGCGUACCGAAUAUACUGUGAGGAUAAGCAGACCUUCUUACAGGACUGUGAGGAUGACGGGGAAACAGCAGCUGGUGGGCGUCUUCUCCAUCUCAUGGAGAUUUUGAAUGUGAGAAAUGUCAUGGUGGUGGUAUCACGCUGGUAUGGAGGGAUUCUGCUAGGACCUGAUCGCUUUAAACACAUCAACAACUGUGCCAGAAACAUACUGGUGGAGAAGAACUACACAAAUUCACCGGAGGAAUCAUCUAAGGCUUUGGGAAAGAACAAAAAAUGUUCAUCAUGGUGUAAUGGAUUAAGUGAAAAUCCUGGAGUAUCCAUCUACAGUUAAGUGCUGAAGUGAUAAUUCAUCUGACAUUUGUUAGCACAAGUGUUAUGCCUCAAUUUCUGUCUCAAAUUGGUGAUUGUGAAAUUUCAAAAAGUGAUUUUCUAGUCUCUGCUUCUUUUGUUUAAUUCUUGUAAUGUUAAGCAAUAAGUAUGGUGUGCCAGUAUUCUCCUCCCACCCCUGAAAUGUGUUGGUGUAAUCUUCUGGUUUCUUUUAACAACCUGGAAAUACCUUUCUUGUGAUCUUCACUGAGGAGUUAGAACCACACUAGAAGCUGUGCUGUGCAUAAUGGGACAUUCAUAGAAUGGGGUAGAGGUGGCAGAACAGCACUGGUGCAGGGCAAGGGUAUGUUGUGUAGUUAUAUAAAUGUGGUGCGUUUCCCAUCCACACUCCAGCUAUCUUUCUCAACUCCUUGACUUGGUGGAGAGAAGGAACAAACUUAUGGAAAAAUAGAAACUCCCUCCGUUUUUCCAUUCUUAUGAAAUCUUCCUUUUCAUCAGUGUUUUAUAAAAUUUUCUUCUUUCAUCUGCAAGUUGUGCAAUUUACCUCUAGGCAUCUAGACAAUAAAUAUAUUUAUGAGAUAUAACAAUAAGUCUUAACUGUUCCCUUUCAGAUAUGAUUGCAAACGAUUACUUAAAAUUAUUAAUUGGCCAUAGAUUUGCCUGAUCUUCCUUUCCUAACAGAGGGAACAGAAAUAAGGAAACAACUUGGGAUGGUGCUGGAGCAUAGAAAACUUCAGAGAAAAAUGGACACAGAUAUUUUUUCCUUAUUCUCUGAUGUUUUACCUUUAAGAGAUCCAAAUCCCGACUUGGUAUUUUUAAGAAUCUAGUAAACAACUUUAUACUAGGAUGGAUUCUGAGAAAUAAAAUCUGAAUUAUAUUUGUUGUAAGUGUGUUUGAUUAUUGCUAGUUAUCAAGAGUCAUCAGAGAAUGACCUAUAUUUGUUCAAAACAUUUACCUCAGAGUCCAUGAAAAAAUUAAGUAUGUUUUAUGUAUUAACUGGUAAAAUAAUUAAAGAAGUUAAGGACCAUUAGUUAACAUUAAAAUAAUUUCACAAUUUUGGCAUGUCAAAAUCUGUGAAAGAAUGUAUAAAACAGUAAGAAUUUGGUGCUACAGAAAAAUAAGUGCGAGUUAAUUAUUCUGCAACAUCAAAUUUGAAUUUCUUUCACGCUGUUUUAUCUAACAUUUAUUUAGGUCUUUAUAGAAAACCUUUAUGUCUAUGAUCUCAUUUUCCCAUAUUAAAAAAAAAAAAACACUUAACUUUUGUUUCUUUCAUUUAUCAACGAAAUUUUCCAGACUGAAAAACCCAAAUCUCUUUUGCCAAAGUCAGCUGGUAAAGAGUGAUCCAAAAGUCUCCAAUUCUGGAACCUGAGUUAUUUGACACUCUGCAUUAUGGACCCCUAACUAAUUAUAGUAUCUUUUUGGUCUCUUUAAAAUUUCUCUCGAUUAGAGGGUUUUCAAAUUCUUCAAAUAAUAAUAUUCUAUAACCAAAUCUAUGCUGUGGCAUAUUUUAUAGUAUAUUGUAUUAGUUAAAAAUAUUCUCUAUAUGUCAGUAUAUAAGAGCAAGUAGCAUCUACUUUUUAAAUGGGAAUAGCAGUAUAAUUUGGAGAUAUGUAUCAUGAAACAGAGCCUGUUUGAAGAGAAUUAUAUCAAGCUAAUCACAACCAAGGAAGAAUAGCAUGAAACAGAUACUGCCUGGAAGGCAGUUAAAAUUUAUUGGGAAAACUGUAUAGUCAUCUGUAGUUCCACUUUCUAGAGACAAGCAUUACAUCCUUCUAUUUUUUUCCUAUGCAUGAUUUUGUAUAUAUGGCUAUUUUUCUUUCCAUAAAAAUGGUAUUAAACUGUAUAUACUGUUUUGUAUCCUGCAUAUUUCAUAUAGAAGUAUAUUGUUAACAUUUUCCCAUGUCAAUAAAUAUUCUUCUAUGGCUUAA